UCGGGGGCAUCAGGGUCGCGAGAUCGGAUCGGAGUAGUAAUUGGAGGUAAUUGGCAUAUGCGCGCUCCUGGAGAAUCCAACAAAUCCGGUUCGAUCUUCUGCUCAAUCGCUUAUUCAACCGUUGUCUCCGCCAAACGCGCGGAACGGUAGAGCGAAGGUAACCUGCCCACGAUUUGCGGUGUAAUCAUCGAAUCGUUCACUUCCCUUCCGCUCGCGCGUUCGUUAUCAUGGGCAACGAGAAGGAGGUGGAUAUAAUUAACGUCGCGGAGAGACCCGAGAAGAAGACACUGCUCGAGAGAUACAACAUACCGGUGGAACACUUCUCGUACGAAUUCAUAUCGGAGUGCACCGACGGGAGAACACUGGAGCGAAUCGUUCACGUCUUACGUUCUGGGGAAGAGGGAGAGUAUCCAGAUUUGACGAAGCACGCGGAGGAGCGUCUCGCUAGGAUUAAACCGACGAGCGCCGUUCUGAGGAAAGCGGAGCCAGUUUUGAGGCGAAAUAUGUUAAAUGCGGACGAGCGGCGGGAAAUCGACGACGACAUCGGCAAUUGGACGUGCGAGAUGCAAUCUCGCGAGAAAGAUUUAGACGAAGGGAAAGCUAUCCUUGCCAACGAACCCCGUCCGCAGCCAGAAAUUCGAAAUAUUAAAAUGAAUGCUACAAAAGACAAAAAGACGAAGAUGAAUGAAAAAAAACGUGAUAAACCCCAACGAAUUGCCUCGUGCGACUAUGCGGCUUGGGAUAAAUACGACGUCGACACGGAAAUAAACAGGAUAGACCUGCACGACGAGCAGCGACAGGCCAAAAUGAAGAAAAUCCAGAAACAGCGAAAGGAACUGCAUAAAAUGAAUGAGAUGGUACAUAAAACGACAGUCGAUAAACUUUCAUUAACCGGUACGGAAAUAAAUGUAAUGGCGGAGCAAGAAAGAGAAAAGGGUAAUGAAGCCUUUAAAGCGGCUGAUUACGGACAGGCUCUUCGGCACUACAACGCUAGCAUCGAUAUAGAUUCGAAUUUAAAUGCCUACAACAAUCGUGCUAUGACAUUUAUAAAACUGCAGCGUUACGAGGACGCGCUUAACGACUGCAACACGGUGCUCACUAUGGAUUACAGAAAUAUCAAAGCGCUCCUGCGUCGGGCACUGUCUCUGGAGCAUCUUGAAAAUACGCACGAGGCUUUGGCAGAUUAUGAAGCUGUUUUAAAAUUGGAGCCAACUAACAAAACAGCAAUAUUCGGUGUGAAUAAGUUGAGAAAACCAUGCGACUCGAGAAAAAUAAGGAUGAAGAUUGAAGAAAAUAUGAGCGGCGACGAAAACAAGGACGAGCGUAUAAAGACGGAGAGAACUGUGAAAGCAAACAGCAUUGAGUGUCCGAAACUGCGUGUUAACAACGAUAUAUGUUAUUGCGACAGAGCACCAGGCUCGUCGCGAAGUAUUGCAACGAAGCCGCACUUAAAAGCGAGUUACUGCGUGGAAACUAAGAGCAACAAAGCAGCAGCGGCAGCGGCAGCAGCAGCAUCAGCAGCAACAGCAGUAGCGGAUACCGCAGCGAAUAAAAGCAACGAGAAAGCAACACGCGACUCAUCGAGCGGCGAUAAAUUAUCACCUGUUGCGAGGGAUUUCGGCGCCAGAAAUAAAACGACGAGAUCGCAAGACGCCAGGAGCGACGAUAUUUUCGCGAUUUCGCGCGAGUCAUUUCCCGGGCCGCGUCGUGGCGCGAGGGGUACACUGGAGAAGUCUAUCUUUUCGUGCGUGUCGUCGCCUGUGGGUAAAAGGAAGCCGUCCACGGUUAUCAUUGAAGAGCUUCCGAGUGACGCAGCGUACGAGAAACCGACGAAACCUGCCGUCUCUAGCGAGACGAAGAUGGAAACAAAGAAAGGGUCGAAUAUAAUAGAAGAAAAAAGUGCCUCGACAAAGGAAUUAUAUGCUAAUAAAAAUAAGGAAUUCAUCUCUCUCGAAAAAGAGAGCAAGACUAAAACGAAGAAUAAGACGAAAGAGGGAAGAGACAUGAUGUUGAACAAAAAAUCAAGUAUAGACAAAAACAAGAAACUAAUUUCUCCUGAAAAGGAAGACAAGACUAAAGCGAGUACAUCAAACAAAAUUAUAGCUAACGAAUGUCAGAAAGAAGGCAAAUUGCAAAUGGAUCUUCAGAAACUGGAUAACAUCGAAUCUCCUUACGAAUUUCUACGUCUAUGGCAAUCCCUGAAGGAUGAUGUUAAUUUAGAGUUACAUGCGAAACUUUUGCGAUGUAUAGCACACGAGGACAUGAAUAAAAUUAUAGGCAACAAAUUGGAUGCAGCGAUGUUGAGUCUCAUUUUGCGUUGCUUGGAUCAACAAUUCUGCACGCCGAAAGACACGGAAUUGCUCGCGAGUCUGCUAUACUCUCUGAGCCGAUUGAAUCGGUUUUCCAUCAUUAGUAUGUUCAUGGACUCCGGGGAUAAGAAGGCCCUGGAAAAUAUAUUAUGCUUCCUGGAAAAGGAGAAUUCAUCCAAGGUUUCGCAAUUACGUCAGAUCUAUGCCACUUGAAGAACCGGCGCGUU